AAAGCCGGCUCUCGCUAGCCAGCCAUGUCCAUACUGCUCGCGACCAUUGUGGACUUCAUGAUCAUUCGCAUGCUGCCCCAUCAUGGCAAUCGCAUCCGCAUGGACAUUCGCAUGCGCAUGCAUGAGCCUGGUAAACAUGAUGCAUAUGCGUGCGCGCCCACUCGGAAGGCUUGUUGAUCAGAGAAAAAACACGCUUCAUUUCGUUCGAGAAUUGGGAGCAGCUUAUGAUCACGAGGAGAUUUGCACUCGUCGCGUCUGGUGACAUUAUAAAAGCCAGGCGCCGCGCUCAAUCUUCACUUCUCGCAGGACUUGGCAACAAACCUGGCAAACCUCUCAGCACCAGCAUGGCUGCGCUUCUGCCUCAUCGCGCUGGGGGACCCGUACUCCGGGCAUCCAUCUUUCGUAUGCUAUGGUGCGUACGACUUCGACCACGAGCUUGGCGACUACUCUCAGCACCAGCAUGGCUGCGCUUCUGCCUCAUCGCGCUGGGGGACCCGUACUCCGGGCAUCCAUCUUUCGUAUGCUAUGGUNCGUAUNUNACAGUCNAACUCGGGCGACCAGCGCGAUACCUGCACGUGCUUUCGACUGCUCGCCGUCCUCUUGUCCAACUCGUCUUCCUCACUUUGGUCCUGCUGCUCACUUGCACUCUACAGUCUUUGAUCGAGCUGCUGUCCAGCCUAGCGGUCGAUGACCUCGUAGCCAAGGGCUGGCGGGCUAGCCUUGCAGACAUGCAUACUUAUGUUUUUUAUAUUUUGCCUUUGCUGAAGCUCUAUGCGACCAUGUUGCAAUAAGAGAUCAGGAUAGCGAUCGUGUAUUGACUGUCGCCUCUGCCUGUCACUAAGUCCGUCAAAGCUUGCAGCUUAGCUUGGGCCCAGCUCGAGCUCGAUACUCGACAUCUGAAAGCUAACUUGAAAUUGAUGACAGCAGAGGGUGCUUAUGCGUCUUCCUCAUCUUCAGUGCAGUCUACUACGUUUGCAAGGAAGCCAUCGAGCA